AUAAAUAUAACUAUUUUAAUUUAAUAGGGUCAAAAUGGCAGCAUUAGAUGACGAUGAUGAUAAUUUGAAUUUUUCAGAUAUUGAUUCUGAUGAAAACAUUUCUUUACCAAAUGAACCAAUUCAAUCUAGUCAUUCAUUUAUUGCUCACAAAGAAAUAAAAUCGUGUCUAAGUGAGGAGCAAAAUUCGAACAAUUCUAAUGAUAGCGAUGAGUAUGAACCAAUAAGUCCUCCAAAUGACAAUGAAAGUUUUAAUAUAGAUGAGAAAGAAGAUGGUAUUGAGGAUGAAAAAGAAGAUGAAUUUGAAAAAAAUCAAACAUUUGAACCAAUUAGCCCAAUUUCAGAUCCGGGUGAUCGAGACUUUGAAGAUUUAGGCUUUACUGAAAAGACAGACAAUGCUUUUGAAAAUAUAAGUGAUGAAGAGAAUAAUCAAAAUGAAGAUGAGACUGAAGAUGGAAAAUUUAGUCCUUCUCAAGAAAGUGACAAUGAAUUAAACUUUGAAGAGGAAAAUUCUAACAGUAGUGGUUAUCAUUUGCUUUCUUCUAAUAAAACAACAGCAAUAAAUUCAUUAGUCAAUAAAAAUACUGAUGAUAUUGAGGCACCUGUACCUUCACCUUUGAGCGAUGUUGAAGGUGAUACCCAAGAGGAGGAGCAUGUUCAGGAGGACACAUUAAUUGACGAGUUUUUAGUUACUAAAAGUAACAAUGACAAUUUUUCACCAAUAGACAGUGAAAUAGAAAUAAAACAAAAAGAUAGUUCUGAUGAAACUAAGAAUAGUAAUAUGGAUGAAAAUGACGAUGAUAAAUCUUCUUCAAGCAUGGCUGAGUAUAAAUUAGAAAAGCCAUCUACUGUUGAACCGUCUACAGAAACUUCUUUAGACAAUGCUGAAGUAGAAGAAGAAGAGGAUAGUGAAGAAGAUUUAAAAAAAAAAGACGAGGAAGAAGUUGAGAGAGAGGAUGCUGGUAAUCUUAUUGCUGAUAUUUUCGGUGAAAGUGACGAUGAAGAAGAAUUUGAGGGCUUUGAUGAUGAUGAAAUAUUACCAGAAAAGGAAAAAGCUAAAAAACAAGAUGAAAUUAAAAAAUCUGGCGAUGGAGAUGCAAGUAGUGAGGAUGAAGAACCUCCAGUUAGAAAUUUUGUUUCUGAUUUCGAUCUUAUGCUUCAAAAAAAAAAAGAGAUGAACAAAAUGAAAAGAAGAUCUAAAAAAGACUUUGAAGUUAUUAAUGACAAUGAUGAUAUCAUAGACUCAAUGAUAAAGAAAAUGAAGGAAGCUGCUGAGACUGAUCGAAUGUUAAACCAAUCUUCUAAAGCAGCUACAAAUAAGAUGAAAAUGUUGCCCAUUGUACUAGAUCAUUUGAGAAAGGCAGAUCUCCAACAAUCAUUGAUAGAUUGUGGAGUGUUACCUGCAAUGAAAGAAUGGUUAAGUCCAUUACCUGACCAUGCUCUUCCGCAUAUAAACAUAAGAAAAACAUUUUUAAAAGUGCUUAGUGAAUUUCCUCCUUUGGAUAAAGGUGCUCUAAAAUCAAGUGGCAUUGGCCGUGCUGUAAUGUUGCUUUUUAAACAUCCGAAAGAAAUUCCCGAAAACAAAAAGUUAGCAGGAAAAAUAAUAACUAACUGGGCUCGUCCUAUUUUUAACAUGACCACAAACUUCAGUGAGAUGUCUCGUGAAGAAAGAGAAAUGCGUGAUAAGGCAAGUUUUUCCAGUGCAAAGCGACAAAGGCUAAGUUCUGACUCUGAGAAGAUUGAUGAAGACGACGAGUCAAGACCUCGAAAGCCUGGUGACAAAGGGUGGAUUGGGCGUGCAAGAGUCCCAAUGCCUUCGCAUCGGGAUUAUCUCAAUCGACCAGCCUCAAAGGUGGAGGGGCCGUUUGAAAAAUCUAAGGGUACAAAGAAAAGUCUAUCACGUUUUGAAAUACAUGCUCGCAAGUAUAAGGAGAAACGAAACUCUCAAAGUGGGUUGUUAAAAGCUGUAAGCAUUAGUUUAAAUGGAGGCAAAUUGGCUUUGUAAGUUUCACCAUGUUUAAUCAUGCAGUUCGUCGCGGAUCAUUUAGUUUGGUCAUAGUUUUAAUCAAAGGUUGUAUUGUUUGGUGUAUCAACUCUUAACGAAAAUAACGAUCUUAGCGAAAUCGAAAGUUAGAGUAAUGUUAUUCGUUAAUUUAGAACGGCUGUAAUGGAAGCUUUACCAAUAAUUAAGAAAAAGUUUCAUUUUUCAUCUACUUUAAGGUUUUUGCAAAUCCAUUGUAAGUUUUAAUAUUAAACAACAUGGUUUCUAUGACGACGACUAUUUCGAAUGGAACAAUUUUAGUUUUUAUUUACUAAUUAUAAUAUGAAUCCCUCUUGAAAACAA